GAAAAAUUGAUGUUUCUAUGGAAGUAAAGCUAUCUGAAAACGGAAUCACGAAAAAGUUGAUAAUGCCAUUUGAAUUAAAAACUUCUAGAAAUGUGUCAUCUUCGCAUUAUGCGCAGACUGUCUUCUACUGCCUUUUGAUGGGCGAUCAAUACAAUAUUGACGUAGGAUCAGGCUUACUAUAUUAUCUAAAAUCCCAAGAUGAAGAAACUGGAAAGAUGCUUAAAGUCCCUGUUGUUCCUCACGAACUGAGAAGUUUGAUAAUUCAACGCAAUAAGAUGGCUUGGUUUGCGUCUGACGUUCAAUUUUCAUCAUUGCCACCAAUGAUUGACAAUAAAUUUCAGUGCAGCAAAUGCAUCUCGAAUACUUCAUGCUUUCUCUAUCAUAAGGCCAUUGAGAAGGGAACAGGAGAAGGUAGUAUGGGGGAUCUAUUUGAUAAUGUUGUCUCGCAUUUGCAAGAGCAUCAUCUUGAUUUCUUACGGAAAUGGGACGAACUCAUCACUUUGGAGGAAGAAGAUUUGUAUCGAUUUCAACCCGAAAUUUGGAAUAUGUUGACCACUAAGUGUGAUGAUGAUUUAUGCCUCAAUAACAUGUAUUUAGAUCCGAAAAGUAUUGAAGCUAUUCCCAAUGGCGAAGGAAACAAGCGUUUCAAAUGCAAAUUCUCGCGUCAAAUGGGUAGAAUGAAUUUCGUGCUGGACACUCAAUUCUGCGUUGGGGAUCACGUAAUCGUAUCGUCAGAAAGGGCACAUCGUACAGUAGCGAGCGGGUUUAUUGAAAACAUCGCACCGAAUCACAUCUGGUUAACUCUAGAUCGGACACCUCGCAGCGGUCCAAAAAGUAGGACAGACUUCGAAAUUGAAUCCUGUCACGGUUUCACAGGAUUGUCAGAAAACGAAUCACUUAGCAACUGCCUAGAAAUCGAUAUUCAUGAGACACUGUAUCGAAUUGACAAGGACGAGUUGGCCUCCAACAUGAGACUUGUACGGCAAAAUCUUGUGAGCCUUCUUGUGGAUGAAGAAACUGCGAGACUUAGAAAAUUGGUUGUUGACUUCGUACCACCAGGAUUUAAUCACGCAAAUGAAAUAAUGUCGGAUUAUGAAGAUAUGAAAAAUCUAAAUGAGGAUCAGAGAAAGGCAGUCAAACUUGCAUUAGACGCCGAAGAUUACGCAAUAAUUUUAGGGAUGCCGGGAACCGGAAAGUCGACCACCAUAGUUCAAAUCAUCAAGACUCUUGUAAGAAACGGAAAAUCUGUGUUACUUGCAGCUUACACACAUUCGGCUGUAGAUAGCAUCCUCUCAAAGUUAGUUCUUGAAGGUAUAGACGUACUAAGGCUUGGUUCAAAGGCCAAGGUUCAACCUGAUAUAUGGCCGUUCUUGCUAGAUGUAGAAAAAUUUGAUAGUGUGAAUUCAUUCAGGUCGUUUAUCGAAUCAAAACAGGUGAUUGCAACUACAUGCCUUGGAAUAAAUCAAUUUGAUUAUUGCAUUAUAGACGAAGCGACACAAGUGACACUACCGAUUUGUGUGGGUCCACUUCGUUUCGCUAACAGAUUUCUCCUGGUCGGAGAUGACUUUCAGUUACCACCGUUGGUGCGUAACCGUGAGGCGAUAGAAAAGGGGAUGAGCAAAA